AUGCCAGCCGAAUUUCGUUCGGAUUUGAUACCAACACCGAUUUCAUUACCGGUAUCCUGUAUAGAUUACUCGGAAGCACGUGAGAUUCUAGAUUUAACAACGUCUAAACAGAAACGAUUACGCCGUCAACGUCAAAAUAAUUUGCGAACACAUUUAUUAUUAAAACGGACAUAUACACUUGUAUGUGAUGUAUUAUGUUCAGACUGUUGUUCAGAAGUAAAUAGUUUUCCUAGAAAAACUGUCUCUAAAUAUUCUUCUUCUGAUUCUAUUUCAUCCAGUUCUAUUCCUAUACCAUUUUCCACACAACAUAGUAAUAUACCCACAGUAAAACGUAAAUAUGAAGAUGAUGACACAUUGACAAAAUCACAACAACAAGACCAACAAUGCAUAAAAAUAUUAAGGUUAUCUCAACCUUGUAGUAGCGAGAAUAAUAAUAGUGAACAAAUGGAUAUACAAACAACAAUCGUGGAUUUUUUAACCGAACUUAAAAAUGUUAAAAUUCAGCAAAGAACAAUGUCAAAUAUGAGAAUGAACAAUGCUGUUGAUGGAAUUUCUGUUUGUUAA